CGGAAGUUGCCAAGAGGGUCUCAGCAGAGUAAAAUCAACUCCCCCCUCCGCCAUGGCGGUGACGGUUGGUCUACCUAUCUUUCUAGGCUCAGGAUCGGUCGCUAUCGCCAGGCCGAUCGUACGGAGACGAAGGAAUGGGUCCACGAUGCAACCUGUGCCUCAGCCUGAGGAUGCUCAAUUGCUUUUUCUUUCCUCGUUAUCGUCAGAUCCGUCCGAGCGGUGCCGGAAGAAGAGGGCGCCCCAGAUAGAUCGAAUUCCCUCUUUCCCUAGAAAGAGGCUGAUGAUGUUGAUGCUCUCGCCCGUGCCAGAAAUGCGAACAGACUAUUGGCCUGACCCCUCUUUGCGCCUUGGAGUACGAUUGUUCUUCUCAUGUUAUGAGUGUGUGUGUGUGUGUGUGUGAAAUUUACCUAGUCACCUAACUGUUGGAUGGCUUGGCAGAGAUCUA